AUGAAAACAAGUUCACAUCACUUUUUGAGGUUUGCACCGGGGAUUGCCAAUGAUGAGGAAGGGAAAAUAGAGAAGUUUCCUGAUGGCCUCGAUCUUACCAUCAGGCCAAUUGUGGCCACUUCAGAACCGACAGAUUAUGCAAAAGCAGUGCGAAAGGCCUUAGUGAUUGAAGCUGAAAGCAAGGAUAGCAAAGCUAUUAGAGAGUCCUAUAAGCACAAUAGGAAUACGGGUGUUUUCUUUGAGGGUCAAUCAAGUAAGAAGCAGAAGUAUGAGCAGUCAGGGUUCAGGGGACAGCAAUCAACCAGAUCUGCACCCACAGAUUCGGUGUCUAUAGGGUCUUCUAGACCAAAUGUCGCUUGUUUCAGAUGUGGACAACCAGGGCAUUUCAAAUCCCAGUGCACUCAGGCUCAGGUAGUUCAAGUGAUUUAUUUCAAGUGUGGGCAGUCAGGGCAUCACAAGUCUCAGUGUACUCAGAUUCAGGUCGCGUCUGGUAGAUGUUUCGGGUGUGGCCAGCAUGGCCAUAGGGUGAAAGAUUAUCCACAACAGGGCAGUAGUUUGGCCAGAGCUUCAUCAUUUGUAUGGGCAUUGGGUUUGAAGGUCAGUUAUUUAGACAAACCACUUUGUGUUAACACACCUAUCGGGGAUUCAGUUACUCUUAGUAGAGUUUGUAGGGGUUAUUCCAUCACGAUUGCUGGGUGUGUUGUUGAGUUUCAUCUCAUCAUUCUCGAGAUGACAGGGUUUGACGUCAUUCUUGGGAUGGAUUGGGUUCGGGAUCGGCAAACAUUUUUCUUGGCUAGCCUUUUCACCGAUGAUGAUGUUGAGUUUUAUGGGGUUGAUUAUCCGGAGGUUGUGCGUGAUUUUCUGGAUGUGUUUCCGGAGGACUUAACGGAGUUGCCUCCAUACCGAAAGGUGGAGUUUGCUAUUGAUUUGAUGCUUGGUACCGAGCCAAUCUCUAUGGCACCAUUAGCCAUCCCGAAAUGGAAGAUGCUUGAGGAUUUGGCAGAGAUAGGAUUGUAUUGCCUUAACGAUGAUGUUUGCAGUGAAUCAACAUUCUUUUUUAGUCUUGUGGCUCAGCCUACUCUUGUCAGACUAGUGAUUGGGUCGCAGAGACAAGAUCCGGAUUUAGAUGCCAUUCACACUUUGAUCUUCAAUGGGGAGACAGUGAAAGAUUAG